AUGUAUCAUCAGAGCAUCCUCCCCGCCCUGUGCCUCUUCUCCGCCGUUCUUGCGGGCCCUGUGCACCACGUAUCCGCCAAUGUUGCCAACAGAGCUGUAAAGGCUCUCGACCCCAAGGCGGCAGCCGAGGCUCAUCCCCGUGACAACACCGCUGUCAGGGCAUUCAGCGGAACGCAGAUCAAGACAUCUGAUGGCAGGUGCCUGUUUGUCAACCCGCUCUCCGGAGACUUCCGCGCCAACCUCACACCGAUCCAAAUUGCCGCCUGUGGCUCAACUGACGGCCAAGCAUGGGACGUCAUCACUAGCGGGAAGCAUAAUAACGCUCAGGACGCAAUGCUCAUCGUCAACACCUUGACUGGUGCUUGCGGCAAUGUUGACACCCGCCGCAAACCAGGCGACCAGGUCAACCUUUUCUCCUGCGGUGGACGUGCCGAUGGAAGCGGCCAAGUCACGGACUCUCAGCUGUUCAAAUUCAAAGGUCGCCCUGGGCCUCUGCGGCUAAAGCCCCGGAACGUCGCCGGCUCUUGUCUGACUGUCCAGGGCGACAAAGUCGGCAUCGCACCCUGCACCCGCGGCAACAAAGAUCAGCAUUUCGCCUUUGGCGGAUCACCCGCCAACAACACCGGUGGUGGCGACCCCAAUGAUGGCCUGGGCAGCGAGACGCCUGCCGCCAGCACCAGCGCACCUAGUGAGACUGCUACCUCAGCUGCUCCUCCUCCUCCACCAGCAACCACCACCUCGGCGCCUGUCGAAGGUGGCAAAGGUGGCACCACACCCACUCCUUCAAAGCCUACCUCCGUGUCCCGCGACGGGGGAGUUCUCAACCCCACCGCGGUCGCGGAAGCCCAGGCAUUCGACAAGACGGCUACCCGUUUCUUUGAGUCCGUGUCGAUCCAGUCCUCGGACGGCCGGUGUCUCUCGGUCGACCCCUCGGCGGGCGACUUCCGGGAAAAUCUAAUUCCUGUGGCUCUCGUCGAAUGCAAGUCGGAGCUAAGCCAGAAAUUUGACAUUGUCACCAAGGGCAAGCACAAUGAUGGCACUCAUGGAAAGUCGGCGUUGGUCGUCAGUGUCUUGACAAACGGCUGCAUUAGCUUUGACAGUCGUCGUCCGGCCGGCGACCAGGUCACCGUCUUCUCCUGCGGCGGGCGUGCCGAUGGAAGCGGCGCGACUAACACGGGCCAGCUCAUCCCCUUUGACGGGGAGAAGAGCAUCACCUUCCAGCCCCUGAGCGAGAACAAGGGUGUAUGUCUCAAGGGCUUCGGGAGCGAUCGCCUGAUCGGGGCGACCUGCAACGGCAGGCCCUCGCGCAGUUUCAAGCUGUUGUUCAACUAA